CGCGCGCGUGCGCGGGGCCGCGACCUGUGCCGGCUCGAGCCCGCUGGGCACUCGGGGGCGUGCACGUCGUUCCCCGCCCUCCCGCCGCCGCCCGCCCUCGCUCUCUCGCGCUCCCCUCCCGCAGCUCGCGGUGCUCCGUGGGUUCUCUCGUUAGUCCACGGUCUGGUCUUCAGCUGCCCGCCUUCGUCUCCGAGCUUGCGACUCGCGGACCGGCGUCCCCGGCGCGAAGAGGCUGGACUCGGAUUCGUUGCCUGAGGUUCAAGCGAUUCUCGUGCCUCAGCCUCUGGAGUAGCUGGGACUACAGGAUUUUGCUCUGUCAUCCCAGCUGGAGUGCAGUGUCUUGAUCGCUACUCACUGCCACUUUGCCCUCCUGGGCCCAAGCGAUCCUGCUGCCACAGCCUGCAGAGUAGGUGGGACCACAGGGUCUCACUCUGGCACCCAGGCUGGAGUGCAGUGGUACGAUCAUGGCUCACUGUAGACUUGACCUACUGGCUGAAGCUGUCCUCUCACCUCAGUUUCCCACCCUUACCCACCGAGUAGCUGGGAUUACAGACGCUCACCAACAUGCCUGGCUAAUUUUUAUUUUUUGUAGAAAUGAGGUCUCACUGUAUUGCCCAGGCUGGUCUCGAGCUCCUGGACUCAAAUAUCCUGGGAUUACAGUAGAGACGGGAUUUCGCCAUGUUGGCCAGACUGGUCUCGAUUUCCUGACCUCAGGUGAUCCAUUUGCCUCGGCCUCCCAAAGUGCUGGGAUUACAGGCGUGAGCUGCCACGCCCGGUCAUCAAUGGCUGCCAUCCGGAAGAAACUGGUGAUUGUUGGUGAUGGAGCCUGUGGAAAGACAUGCUUGCUCAUAGUCUUCAGCAAGGACCAGUUCCCAGAGGUGUAUGUGCCCACAGUGUUCGAGAACUAUGUGGCAGAUAUCGAGGUGGAUGGAAAGCAGGUAGAGUUGGCUUUGUGGGACACAGCUGGGCAGGAAGAUUAUGAUCGCCUGAGGCCCCUCUCCUACCCAGAUACCGAUGUUAUACUGAUGUGUUUUUCCAUCGACAGUCCUGAUAGUUUAGAAAACAUCCCAGAAAAGUGGACCCCGGAAGUCAAGCAUUUCUGUCCCAACGUGCCCAUCAUCCUGGUUGGGAAUAAGAAGGAUCUUCGGAAUGAUGAGCACACAAGGCGGGAGCUAGCCAAGAUGAAGCAGGAGCCGGUGAAACCUGAAGAAGGCAGAGAUAUGGCAAACAGGAUUGGCGCUUUUGGGUACAUGGAGUGUUCAGCAAAGACCAAAGAUGGAGUGAGAGAGGUUUUUGAAAUGGCUACGAGAGCUGCUCUGCAAGCUAGACGUGGGAAGAAAAAAUCUGGGUGCCUUGUCUUGUGAAACCUUGCUGCAAGCACAGCCCUUAUGCGGUUAAUUUUGAAGUGCUGUUUAUUAAUCUUAGUGUGUGAUUACUGGCCUUUUUCAUUUAUAAUUUACCUAAGAUUACAAAUCAGAAGUCAUCUUGCUACCAGUAUUUAGAAGCCAACUAUGAUUAUUAAUGAUGUCCAACCCGUCUGGCCCACCAGGGUCCUUUUGACACUGCUCUAACAGCCCUCCUCUGCACUUCCACCUGACACACCAGGCGCUAAUUCAAGGAAUUUCUUAACUUCUUGCUUCUUUCUAGAAAGAGAAACAGUUGGUAACUUUUGUGAAUUAGGCUGUAACUACUUUAUAACUAACAUGUCCUGCCUAUUAUUUGUCAGCUGCAAGGUACUCUGGUGAGUCACCACUUCAGGGCUUUACUCCUUGACAGAUUUUGUUGGCAUAGCUCUGGGGUGGGCAGUUUUUUGAAAAUGGGCUUGCGGCCGGGCGCGGUGGCUCACGCUUGUAAUCCCAGCACUUUGGGAGGCCGAGGCGGGCGGAUCACGAGGUCAGGAGAUUGAGACCACGGUGAAACCCCGUCUCUACUAAAAAUACAAAAAAUUAGCCGGGCGUGGUGGCGGGCGCCUGUAGUCCCAGCUACUCGGAGAGGCUGAGGCAGGAGAAUGGCGUGAACCCGGGAGGCGGAAGUUGCAGUGAGCCGAGAUUGUGCCACUGCACUCCAGCCUGGGCGACAGAGCGAGACUCCGUCUCAAAAAAAAAAAAAAAAAAAAAGAAAAUGGGCUCAACCAGAAAAGCCCAAGUUCAUGCAGCUGUGGCAGAGUUACAGUUCUGUGGCUUCAUGUUAGUUACCUUAUAGUUACUGUGUAAUUAGUGCCACUUAAUGUAUGUUACCAAAAAUAAAUAUAUCUACCCCAGACUAGAUGUAGUAUUUUUUGUAUAAUUGGAUUUCCUAAUACUGAUAUUUGUCAUCCCCAAAGAAAGUGUAUUGGUUUUUUAAAAAAGAAAGUGUAUUUGGAAAUAAAGUCAGAUGGAAAAUUCAUUUUUUAAAUUCCCGUUUUGUCACUUUUUCUGAUAAAAGAUGGCCAUAUUACCCCUUUUCGGCCCCAUGUAUCUCAGUACCCCUAUCUGGAGCUGGGCUAAGUAAAUAGGAAUUGGUUUCACGCCUGAGGCAAUUAGACACUUUGGAAGGUGGCAUAACCUGUCUCACCUGGACUUCAGCGUCUGGCUCUAAUUCACAGUGCUCUUUUCUCCUCACUGUAUCCAGGUUCCCUCCCAGAGGAGCCACCAGUUCUCAUGGGUGGCACUCAGUCUUCUCUCCAGCUGACUAAACUUUUUUUCUGUACCAGUUAAUUUUUCCAACUACUAAUAGAAUAAAGGCAGUUUUCUAAA